GCGGCUGCGACUUUUAUUCUAUGAAGCCGCCCCGCGCUUUCACAAUCACUUCCGUGUUUCUAGCUUGAUUUUUCAACCCGGAAGUGGUCUCUCCUUCCUUUCCUGCUUCGGCCUCGAUUGAAGACAUACAGAGCAAUGGCACCACGCAAGGGUAAAGAAAAGAAGGAAGAGCAGGUGAUCAGCCUGGGACCGCAGGUCGCUGAAGGCGAGAAUGUCUUCGGAGUCUGCCACAUCUUUGCCUCCUUCAACGACACCUUCGUGCAUGUCACCGAUCUCUCCGGCAAAGAAACGAUCUGUCGCGUGACUGGUGGAAUGAAGGUGAAGGCCGACAGAGACGAGUCCUCUCCCUAUGCUGCCAUGUUGGCUGCUCAGGAUGUGGCUCAGAGGUGCAAGGAGCUGGGCAUCACCGCACUGCACAUCAAACUGAGAGCCACCGGCGGGAACAGAACCAAGACUCCAGGACCAGGUGCUCAGUCUGCUCUCAGGGCUCUGGCUCGUUCCGGCAUGAAGAUCGGCCGUAUCGAGGAUGUCACCCCAAUUCCAUCAGACAGCACCCGCAGAAAGGGAGGUCGCCGUGGGCGUCGUCUGUAAACUUACGGAUUUUUUUCAAAAUAAAAAGUCAAAUAGUG